AUCUAUACUAGCGGAGCAAUCUCGGCCCUUCUCCAGGUAUCCACAUAAAGAGUAGAUAACCUUCUCCAUACAAUGGUUUCGAGAUCCUACUCGAACCUGUUGGACCUUGUCUCUGGUGACUCUCCCACCUUUGGCCGUGUCGGGAAGAGGCUGCCCAGAGUGAUGACCGUGGCCGGCAUCAUCUCUGAUCUAGACGAGGAGAACAGUGUCGGCUCUGAGGCACUGUCUUCCGUCUGUCAGGAACGGGUAAUUAUAGUUGGCAACCAGCUCCCUCUUCGGGCUCACCGGAGACCCGAUGACAGUGGUUGGAACUUCAGCUGGGAUGAGGAUUCUCUGCUUUUGCAGCUCAAAGAUGGUCUUGGAGAGGAUGUGGAAGUCAUCUAUAUUGGUUGCUUGAGAGAGGAGAUUGAACCAGGAGAACAGGAUGAUGUUUCACAGACCCUGCUUGAGACAUUUAAGUGUGUCCCCACGUUCCUUUCCCCUGAUCUUUUCAGCAAAUUCUAUCAUGGCUUCUGUAAGCAGCACUUGUGGCCUUUGUUCCACUACAUGCUCCCUCUGUCACCGGACUUAGGCGGGCGAUUCGAUCGGUCUCUUUGGCAAGCUUAUGUUUCUGUGAACAAGAUAUUUGCAGACAAGGUUAUGGAAGUAAUAAGCCCAGAUGAUGACUACGUAUGGGUCCAUGAUUACCAUCUUAUGGUGCUGCCAACCUUCUUGAGGAAGAGGUUUAAUAGAGUGAAGCUUGGUUUCUUUCUGCAUAGUCCAUUCCCCUCCUCAGAGAUUUAUAGGACUCUUCCUGUUAGAGAUGAACUCCUAAGAGCCCUUCUAAAUUCUGAUCUUAUCGGUUUUCAUACCUUCGAUUAUGCUAGGCAUUUCCUUUCAUGUUGCAGUAGAAUGCUUGGCCUUGCAUAUCAAUCAAAGAGGGGUUACAUUGGGCUUGAGUAUUAUGGGCGUACUGUUAGUAUCAAAAUACUUCCAGUGGGAAUUCACAUGGGUCAGCUCCAAUCGGUGCUAAAUCUCCCAGAGACCGAAGCUAGAGUCGCCGAGCUUAGAGAUCAGUUUAUGGGUAGGGUUGUGUUGCUUGGAGUGGAUGACAUGGAUAUAUUUAAAGGAAUCAGCUUAAAACUUUUGGCCAUGGAGCAACUACUUGAGCAGCAUCCAGAGUGGAGAGGAAAGGUAGUUUUGGUCCAGAUUGCUAACCCUGCCAGAGGCCGAGGAAGAGAUGUACAGGAGGUGCAGUCUGAGACAGCUUCCACGGCUAGAAGAAUAAAUGAGACAUUUGGAAGGCUGGGCUAUCAGCCAGUCAUUCUUAUUGAUCAUCCACUUCAGUUUUAUGAGAGAAUUGCAUACUAUGUGAUAGCAGAAUGCUGUCUUGUCACUGCAGUGAGGGAUGGAAUGAAUCUGAUUCCCUACGAGUAUAUAAUUAGCCGUCAGGGUAAUGAGAAAUUGGAUGAGGCAUUGCAACUGGACCCAUCGGUACCAAAGAAAAGCAUGUUGGUUGUCUCUGAAUUUAUUGGUUGUUCUCCAUCUCUCAGUGGAGCCAUUCGUGUCAAUCCAUGGAAUAUAGAUUCUGUGGCUGAAGCAAUGGAUGUGGCUUUGGAAAUGCGGAAUUCUGAGAAACAAUUGCGCCAUGAGAAGCAUUAUAGGUAUGUUAGGACACAUGAUGUUGGAUAUUGGGCGCACAGCUUCUUGCAAGAUUUGCAAAGGGCAUGCAAGGACCAUGUGAGGCGGAGAUGCUGGGGUAUUGGCUUUGGCUUAGGCUUCAGGGUCAUCGCCCUUGAUCCAAAUUUCAGGAAGCUUUCUGCUGAGCAUAUAGUUUCUGCUUACAAGAGGACCAAGAACCGGGCCAUUCUCUUGGAUUAUGAUGGUACCAUAAUGCCUCAGACGUCUAUCAACAAAACCCCUACAACUGAGGCUAUCACUAUUUUGAACAGCUUGUGCAAUGACCCCAGGAACGUUGUAUUUCUAGUCAGCGGAAGGGACAAGGAGACUUUGAGCAACUGGUUUUCCUCUUGUGAGAAACUAGUACUUGCAGCAGAGCAUGGCUACUUUUUAAGGCAAAACCAUGAUGCCAAGUGGGAAACAUGUGUGCCCGUGGCCGACUUUGAUUGGAAGCAGAUUGCUGAGCCUGUGAUGCAGUUGUACACUGAAACUACUGAUGGUUCAGCUAUAGAGGCUAAAGAAAGUGCACUUGUUUGGCAUUAUCAGUAUGCUGAUCCAGAUUUUGGGUCAUGCCAGGCUAAAGAACUUCUUGACCAUCUAGAGAGUGUUCUUUCAAAUGAACCAGUGUCUGUAAAGAGUGGCCAACACAUUGUAGAAGUCAAACCACAGGGUGUCAGUAAAGGUCUGGUGGCUGAGCGGCUUCUGACCACAAUGCAUCAGAAGGGCAUGCUUCCUGAUUUUGUUCUAUGCAUUGGUGAUGAUAGGUCAGAUGAGGAUAUGUUUGAGGUCAUUACUGGUGCAGUGGCAGGUCCGUCCUUGUCCCCAGUUGCAGAAGUAUUUGCAUGCACAGUCGGCCAAAAACCAAGCAAAGCAAAAUACUACUUGGAUGACACGGUGGAGAUUGUCAGAAUGCUGCAAGGCCUUGCUACAGCUUCAGACCAGAUGGCAUGGACUGCUGCUUCUCAAAGUUCUCACAAAACAACUUGAAUGCUGCCAUCAGUUUGUUGUUGACCUGUUUCCUGCAGGUGUCAAAGCUUUAUAUUUUGGUUCCUUCGUUGUACAUAUGCUUGUUUGGCAUGCCUUAGUAAAUUAUGUUUGUGGUUAUCUAAUCUUGGUGUACUGUUGACAUUAUGCUUUUGAGAUGCUUAUUUCCUCUAU